UAGCCAGCUGGCUCGAAAAUGAAAAAAAAACACACAUGAAAAACAGUUUGCCAACUGAGAGCGCACGUUGAACACGUCUCUCGGUAGUCGCGUUGUUUUUCUGUAUUUUGGUCUAUAUCGGUUUUGCAUCACCUGUGCGAGUUUUCCAGCCUAAGAUGAGGAAAUCAUCGGGAGGAUUUCAGGCGCCCACCAAUGAAAAUGGGGAAAAUGACGCUGGUUCCUCUGUUCGAUUGCUGAGGAUUCCAAGGGCUGCCCCUGCCAUGGAGAACUAUGGAUUCCAAUUAACCCGCAGCAAGUGGGAUCCCUAUCCCUGGGUUUGCGAGGUGGCUGCAGGCACACCUGCCGCACUCUGCGGCCUUAAGCCCGGCGAUUGUGUUCUGGAGGUAAAUGGCAAAGAUGUUCUGGGCUUGAGGGUGGCUGAAAUUGCCAAAAUGGUCAAAAGCCAAACGGAUUGCGUCACAAUUCUCUGCUGGAAUAGUGAGUGUGAAAAGGACUGUGAUAAUAAUAGCAUCUGCUGUGCCCCCAUGCCCACAAGCUUGCGACGCCUGUCCCUCGUCCUGGAGAGCAUCCUGCGCCUCGUUGAGUGUCCUGUCUGCGCGGUGACCAUCUCACCGCCGGCGAUGCAGUGCCAAAAUGGACACCUACUCUGCGUAGACUGUCGCAUCCGCUCGGAGCGUUGUCCUGUCUGCCGGGAUUUCUACACGCCCCGCCGGGCAUUAUUGGCGGAGCAGAUUUUCCUGACCGUUGCCAACGCCUUCGAGAUGUGCCACACGGAGAAUAAGCUCCGGCAGAAGCUCUUCGCUGGGAUAACACGACCGGCGGUUGGGCGACAGAAUAGGAUAACCACCGGACAGGAUACCUGGCGAAAGAGGAGGCCAGUGUUGCCGACGAACAAGUUCCUAACCAAACUGCUAGAGGGCUGUGCCUACUCGAUGGACAACCUCUCACCCUCGAAUGCCGCUACCCUGUUGCGGACUAGCUCCACGGAUGUCGCUAGCGACUCCAGUGAAAUCCCGACGAGAACAUCACCAGUGACAGCCACGCCCCCCGAAAGGACAACAAUGCAUGACGCGAAUGCGGGGCAUCCUUCACUCUCGACGAAUGAUUUACAGCAGGAUGGAGUUAAGCCGAAUGCCGAGGGCGGUGACAAGGAAUCCGGAACGGACAGCAGCCACAACUCCGCCGCAUCCUUACCACCAUCGCCAUCGUCCUCCGGCAGCCGGGCCAUCAAUGAAUCUUCCGGGAUGCAACCCUUUCACAUACCUCCUGUCACUCUGAGCCAAGAUUUGCCCGAGCAUCAGCAGCAGCAGCAUCAGGUUGUCCAAACUAAGCCGGCCUCGCUGCUGUACCGCUGUCCCUGCGAGCUGCAGGAUCCAGAGGAUCCUGAGAAGGACCUCCAUCAGAACUGCUGCUACAAAUCCGCUUUCCGUUUGCUUUGAGCUCCGGCAUCUCAAUCAACAGCAUCCUCUUAUCAGCCGGGUCGUCUGUCGUCUCUCCUCCUACUCCUACUAUUUUCCUUACUAAUUAAAUUAGACGCCAGUUUGCUUGGCCAAAGUUGCUUAUCGCGCAAAGAAAUGAACCCGGGCAAAGGAAUUGAAUGGGUGUCAGGCCGGGACAAAAGGCCCCGAGAUGGAGAUGCAAAGAAGUUAGACCAGAGAUGCUGCGCUGCACUCGGUGAACUGCAGCAAAGAGUUCAACUUGGCCAAGUUGAGUUCUAAUUUAAUCACUCCUGAACGCUCCAAUGACUUUGUGUCAUUUGGCGUCCAACUUGCGCUGCUCGAUAAUGAACCCCUGAUAGUCUGCCUCGAGGGGUUCGUUUGACAGAUGCAUUAAGUCUUAGAUUCACACAGAAAAUAAAUUGCGAUUUCUAUUAGAUCUACAAAUAAAUUGCUUUAAAAUA